AUGGCUCCGGCAUUAGCAAGAUUGCUGUUGAAGAAUGGCUGUUGUUCCCACAAAAGCCCUGGUGCAGGCUUCGGGAAGCCACCUAGGAUCCGCAAAACCUGGACAUCUGCGGAUGAGCUGCAUGCAAACUUCCGCAGCUUCUGCAAAUAUGGGAGGCUCGACGCGGUGUCGGAGCUAGUCAGCAGCUCUUCAAAGGACUUCUGGUGUCGCUUCGCCUCCAAACAGUUCAACGAGACCGGGCUCGUCCUGGCAUCCAAGUACGGGCAGCAUGAAGUCGUGAGAUCGACUACGUGGCGAACGGCGGCACAGCUCUCCAAUGGGCCUGCAAAUCCUACUCGCAGGACAACUACGCCAGGAUGGAGCCGCGACAGGUGGCCACAGUGCAGUACCUGCUUGGGGAAGGUGCCCAGAUGCGCGUCCGGCGUCCAAACUCCGAGGAGUUCUAUGAUGCCUUGCUUAUGGCAGUCACCCGCGGCAGCGUUCCCAUGGUUAUGCUCCUGCGAGCUGCUGGUGCCGAGGUCACGGAAUCUGCGGAGUCGGCUGCAAAAAAGGUGGGGUGGCGCGGUCUCGAGGGCCUUGCUCUCGGAGGAGAAGAUCUCCGUGCCGUAUGAGGCGCCAUCCUAUUGGACUCACCAGUCAGAGGAUCCCAUUGUGCAGCAGAUUCUCGAGGGCUCGGACAUUGAGAAGCAGCUGCAUCAGGCGCUGCAGCACACCUUCAAAAGCACUCGCACACGGGACCGCAAGGGACGAGCACCAAGAAGCCUCCGGCUCGUUCGAGCAGAGCGCAUUGAGAACUCGGCAGUGUGGGCCCGCUACCUCAACGCUGCUGCCACAUUGGAGAAGAGGAGGCCAUCUGGCUGCACCGCCAUCCAGGACCUGGAUGGGGAUCCCCAACAUGGCCACGUCCGAACCUGGGAGCCUUUGGGGGAGCUCAGCAGCCGGCUGAAAAGCCACCUAGCAGAGCUGUACCUUUUCCAUGGCACCAGUCCAAAGGGUGCGCGGGCCAUUUCCGAACAGGGCUUCCGCCGAAUCAUGGCAGGCCUGAAUGCUGGCACAGCCUUUGGGCGCGGCUGUUACUUUGCAGAGGCUUCCUCCAAAUCGGACGAGUAUGCACAGGCAAAUGAUGACGGGCACUUUGUCAUGUUGCUCUGCAGAGUCGUAUGUGGAGAGAUGUUCCGAAUUACGGACCGGGAUCCAUUGGCUUUGUCUGAUGCCCUGCACAGUGGUAAGUAUGACUCUGUGCUAGCUGACCGCGAGGCAUCUGUUGGCACUUAUCGUGAGUUCGUAGUCUUUGAUGAGGAGUGUGUUUAUCCAGAAUACCUGAUACUCUAUGAUAGAGAGUUUUGA